AUGUCUAACACAAACGUGCCUCUCCGUCGACUUGGCAAAGAUGGGCCCCAAGUUCCAGCUCUGGGUCUUGGUCUCAUGGGUAUGUCCUGGACGUUUUACGGCAACACACCAAGCGAUGAAGAACGGUUUGCAGUGCUCGACCGAGCAGUCGAAAUAGGGGCUACCAGCUGGGAUACCUCUGAUAUGUAUGGCGACGGCGAAGAGCUACUAGGAAAGUGGUUCAACAAGUCUGGAAAAAGGGACAAGAUCUUCCUGGCAACCAAAUUCGCCUUUGUAAAAGGAUUGCCCAACUUUGUUGUUGAUAGCUCCGCGGCGUAUUGCAAGAAAGCCUGCGCCGAGAGUUUGAAGCUACUGGGCACUGAUUAUAUCGACCUUUACUACAUGCACCGCGCCAACCCAGACACACCUAUCGAAGAGACAGUUCGAGCCAUGGCCGAGUUAAAAGCUGAGGGCAAAAUAAAAUACCUAGGACUCUCGGAAGUGAGCUCGACAACAUUACGUCGCGCCUGUAAAGUUGCACAUAUCGACGCUGUACAAGUCGAAUACUCAGCCUUUGUGACCGAUAUAGAGGAAAAAAAUGGCACCAAUUUGCUUGCGAUAGCCCGUGAACUGGGUGUCGCCGUUAUUGCAUAUUCGCCAUUGGGCCGCGGAAUCCUUACGGGGGCCUAUAGUAAGAAGGACUCUGUUUCAGCCGAAGGAGAUCAACGCACCGAAAUGGAGUUCCCGAUGUUUGCGGAAGAAAACCUUGAAGCUAAUGUGAAACUUGUUGGCAAACUCAGAGACAUUGCCGACAGAAAGAAUUGCACGCUGGCUCAAUUAGCUAUUGCUUGGCUUUUGAAACAAGGUGACUAUAUAAUUCCAAUCCCUGGCACAAAGAAGAUCCGUUAUCUCGAAGAGAAUUGGGCCUCCCUUCGUGUGGAAUUGACGGACGAAGAAGAAGCCGAAAUGAGGAAGUUAAUAAAGGACACAGGAGUUGCUGGUGGAAGACUGCCGGAUUGGGCUGGUGAAGGGCAUCUUAGUGACACCAGGGAAGAAUGA